AAACAGUGAACAGUCCGUCAGAGGAGAGAAGCAGAGCCAUCAUGAUGACCUCAACCUUCCGGUCCUGCAUUGUCCUCGGUCUCAUCGGAUCUAUCACCACCAUCCUCGCACUGCCACCUACUGAGCCGCCACUGAUCCAUGACCACCCCUUUGUAGCCAUAUGGAACGCCCCCACCGAGCAGUGUCGACGACUCCAAAUCCCACUGGACACUGGCGCCUUCCAGGCAGUGACCACACCCGCCGCAGUGCCCGGUCAGUUCCUCACCAUCUUCUACGAGGACCGCCUCGGUCUGUACCCUAAAGUUGAUGUCGACAAACGCAAGCAGUACAGAGGUGGAGUCCCCCAGAACGGCAACCUGACGGAGCACCUGGCCAAGGCCCAGAUUCAAAUUGAUCACUCCAUCUCCCAGGAUUCCUCCCCUGGGCUGGCUGUCAUCGACUGGGAGUCCUGGCGCCCCCUGUGGGACCAGAACUGGGGAUCGAAGCGUAUCUAUAAGAAGCUGUCCAUCUCUCACGCCCUGCAGAUGGCCCCAUUUUUGUCAUCAAGGAAAAUUUCCAAACUGGCAAAAAUGCAGUUCCAGCGCGCUGGGCGGCGCUUCAUGGAGAAAACCAUCAGCCUUGGCAUUGGCGAGCGUCCAAGCCGCCGCUGGGGCUUCUACCUGUUCCCUGACUGCCACAACUAUGCCUGGAGUAAGCCCGGCUACACAGGGAAGUGCUCUGCGAAGAUCCAGAAGCAGAAUGACCAGAUGCUGUGGCUGUGGGAGCGCAGCACCGCCCUCUUCCCCUCCAUCUAUCUUCACCAGAACCUGAGGAACUCCCCCAAGGCCACGCUCUAUGUCCGCAACCGUGUCCAAGAGGCGCUGAGGGUGGCCAUGCUGCCGAAACGUCCUUACACCAUGCCAAUCUACGUCUACUCCAGGCCACUGUACCGGGACCAGACCCAAAAGUUCCAGAGCCAGACGGACCUGGUGAGCACUGUGGGAGAGUCUGCAGCUCUGGGAGCUUCAGGGGUCGUAAUGUGGGGAGGAAGCAAAGACUACAACAACAAGGCUGCCUGCCAGUCUCUGUCCGAGUACCUGACGUCCACCUUCAACCCGUACAUUGCCAACGUGACCGCAGCCGCCAUGCUCUGCAGCGAGGUCUUGUGCCAGGCGAAGGGCCGUUGCAUCAGGAAGAACUACGACUCCAGCCACUACCUGCACCUGAACCCCGCCUACUUCAGCAUCCUGCGGGCUAACAGGAAGUACGUGGCGAUUGGUCUUCCCUCUGCUGCUGACCUGAAGGCCUGGGCUGACAACUUCACGUGUCAGUGCUACGCAGGGUGGCGCUGUGCACCCCAACUGUCCCUGCCGACUAAAAUCAAACUCAUCUGGGUUUAAUCUGUAAUCUGGAUAGAUUGCAUUGCUGAAGCAUUAUGUAGUCGGUAAAACUACUGUCUUUAAUUUGCUGAAAAUGUAAUUUGUUUAUUUAAAAAACAGAAAAAUCUGAUUCUACAAAAAUUCUGUUCUACACUUUGAAAGUUUCUUUCACACAUCACAAACAAUACUGAUUAAUUUAAAAUGAAAACCAAAAGUUACCUUAAUAAACGCUUUUAGAAAACAA